UUCCCAGGGCUGAGAAGAGAAUGAUCAGGAUAGUCCAGGGGAAUAAAUGGAUUGCAUACCAUGUGUGACAAGCCACAUUGAUAAAACAGACCCACUCUGGGGGAAGCUCUGCUUGCUCAUCCAAAGAGUCACAACACUGUUCAGGUUAGUUGUAUCUGCUCUAAAGCAGGGAUAUGCAGUGAGAGCCAGGACUGCCUGUGUCAGUAAGUUCUCACUUUCCCCUCUAGCUGCUUUCAGAAGAAGACUUCGAUUCACUUCCACUGAUGUAAUAUAUAGUACUACAUCUCAGCAAUUCAAGUAAAAACGAGGAAAGCCAUACACAACGUUGGAAUCUCCAGUUUGUCCUUCUGUGGCAAGGGAUAUCAAGAUGUGAUUUUGCCUUUCCUGGAUGGGAGUUCUUCAAUGAAUACAAGGUGCUGCAUGCUGUAUUUCAGAUGAAGUAACUGGAAAAGCCACCUCUCAGUAUUCCUUGCCUAGGAAAACCUUAUAAAAUACCUGAGUGGACAAAAGGGUAGAGAGCUUGAUAGUUAAAUGUUGAAGGAGAACUGCACUGCAAGACUGGACUUCCUGCUGGUGGCUUUUCCCAACCAACCGGAGCAUCAGACAUCCCUUUUCCUUGGCAUCUGCUUGGUUUAUAUAUCCAUAAUUGCAGGCAACCUACUCAUUUUGAUUGUUAUCUGGGUAGAUGCUCACCUGUGCACACCUAUGUAUUUUUUCCUAGGAACUCUCUCUGUAGUUGAGCUCUGCUAUACAUCAACUAUAAUCCCACAGAUCCUGGAGACCACCUUGCAGGAGGAGAAGUCCAUCUCUUUCCAAAGCUGCUGCACUCAGAUGUUCCUUUUUAUUGGGUUGGGUAGCUGUGAUUGUUUCCUGUUGGCUAUCAUGGCAUACGACCGCUGCAUGGCCAUUUGCAAGCCCUUGCGCUACACACUCAUCAUGACACAGCAAUUGUGCGUUCAGCUAGUGGCUACCUCUGUGCUGAGUGGUUUCAUGAUCUCCUUAAUACUAGUUUGGCUGGUUUUCCACCUCCCUUUCUGUGAAGGGCAUGACAUUGAACACUUCUUCUGUGAUGUGCCUCCUGUGUUCCAGCUCACCAGUAACAAGACCAAACUGGAAGAGGUUGGGGUAUUCCUUACUGCGAUCGUGGCUAUUGUUGUUCCCUUUGUAUUGAUCUGCAUCUCUUACCUUUUCAUUGCUGUGGCAGUUUUGCGGAUCCAUUCAGUGGACAGUCGCCAAAAAGCUGUCUCAACUUGCUCCUCCCAUUUAACUGUGGUAGCCCUGCAGUAUGGUUGCUGCAGCUUCAUGUACCUGCGGCCAAGCUCCAGUUUCUCUCCAAUGCAAGACCAGAUACUAUCAAUGGUGUACACUCUGGGCACACCACUACUCAACCCCAUCAUAUAUAGCUUGAGGAACAGAGAAGUCAAAUCAGCCCUUAGGAAGUUGGUUAGCUACUAAAUCUUCCAAGGGAAAUCUGAUUCCACUGGACAAGGGCAAUCUGAUUCCUUAAAGACAAAAAGACUAUAACUCUUGUACCCAAUAAUUUCUUCUAGGUUUACCAGUAGAUCAGCAUGUGUGAAUACAACUGACUUAAACAGAGCCCCGGUGGCAAAGUGCAUUAAAGCGCUGAGCUGCUGAACUUGCAGACCGAAAGGUCCCAGGUUCAAACCC